GUGAGGAAUGUUGCACAUUUUUGUGUUGAUAAUUUCACCAACGCAUAAACUUGCCACUUUCUUUAAAAUUGGUACAGAAACGGAGGGAUUUCUUCAUGAAGAUUGUGAAAUAAAAAUAGUUGCUUUUUUGUCUUGAAUUUGGUUGCUAGUUACAUCUUUUGGUUCGAAAAUUAUCUCAAAUUGUUAACUUUUUUGUCUGUUGUCAACUAUGGCUGACAAGAGUCAAAUUUUAAAGUGGUCGCUGUUUGUCUUCACUGUGAUAUUUUGGACCAUUGGUGGUCUUAUGAUGGGAGUUGGCUUCUAUGCUGUGACACAAAAGAAUGACUACACAGAAUUUACAAGUACAGCGACAGAUCCUGGAGCGGUGAUUGUUGCUGUGGGUUUUGUCAUUUUCUUUGUAUCGUUUGCUGGAACCGUUGGUGCACUUCGUGAAAACGUCACUUUAUUACGAGUUUAUGAAGUGAUUAUUGUUGUGGUGGUUAUCUUGCAAUUCAUUGGUGGAAUACUUGGUUUGGCCUUUUGGCCCGAGGUAAAAGAAAGCUUGGAUACCCAAGUGAAGAAAAUGAUAACAAAAUACCCCUAUGAUUUGGAUCUGAAGAAUGCUAUUGAUUUAGUGCAAGAGAGAUUGGAAUGUUGUGGCAGUUUAAACUAUCACGACUGGAAUUUGAAUCGUUAUUACCGUUGUUAUGUGAGAGAUCCAAAACCCAUUCAACAUUGCAGCGUGCCAUUUUCCUGUUGCCACAUCAAGGAACAGGAAAGGAGAAAUUACCAAUGCGGAUAUCAAAUGCGUUCACCUGAACGACAUAGAUUGACUGCCAAGAAGUUCAUAUAUACGCGGGGCUGUUUGAAUGUUUUGGAGAAUUAUUUCAAGGACAAUCUUGUGCUUGUUGGAGCUGUUGCAAUCGCUUUCCUUUUACCUGAGAUAAUUGGCAUUGUGGUUACCCAUCUUUUUAUAAACGACAUCAAAGAUAGAAUUGAAAAAGUGCAUGAGGUUGAUGGGAUGCGAAAUCGUCCUCCUAAGCCAGCAGGACCAUCACAAGCAACUGCAUUCCUUUAAUCCUUAUGUCCAAUUGCUCACUCAUCUUUCAUAUGGUUUGUGAAUUUUCUUUCUAUGUGUGUUAUAAUGUACUAUUUUUACUUAUCCAUACUAGCAAUAUUACAAUCUUGUAUCUCAGAAAUGGUUUACAUACUGAUGGAAGUAGCAAAAUAUGUGUAUUACAUGAAGUGAAUACAUGUAUAAGGUGUAUAUUAUUAAGACAUUUUGCCACAUUUCAUUUUGUUAGUCAACAUUGAUAUCAAAUUUAUCAAUUAUUGAACUUUUGAGUUUUUUUCUAUCACUUCAUAGUUUGAACUUUUUAUUGUAUAUUGAAUAAAAUAUUUCUGUUUGGAAA